CACACACACACUCUCAGCUCAGAGAAGAACCUGCUAGUGACACAUUACUAUUCUGCUGAAGUCCACAGGUUGGGGCUGAUCCCGUCACUACUACGCUGAGAUCCCCCCCCCCUGUCCAGCUGCAGCAAAAGGAUAUCCUCAUCUCCCAGACACAUUUUUCCUCUUCUCGCCUUCCAGCAACCCUGAGCCUCUAACUGGUAUUAUGAUUAAAGAGGAUUGAUUCCCUCUAAAGCAAAUAUACAAGGGCACAUCAGUCAUUAUCGCAGUAAAGCUGCAUCUGCUUCUUGGCUCAGGCUGAAGAAAAAUAGAGACAUCUUAAGCUGCUUGGAAGCCAACGCUGCCCAUCAGGACAGAACCCAACACAUAUGCUGCGUCUCUUCCUUGAGAACACCCUUCGGAGACGAUGCCGAUGAGAUAAUGAACAGAAGUCUUCCGUUUCCCGAGAGGCGAAUUACAGGUGUCUCCCCGUGAGAAGAUUCCGAUGAACGGAGACGAACAUGAGUCCCGGUCGUUGUACAUCAGAAGGGCUCGUUAUGACGAUGGCGACUCCAGUUCGUUAGUGGGAUUCAUGUGCGUUGCCGCCUCGCUCUGCAGUGGAGGUGAUUGAAAGGUUUUUUUUUUUUUUUCUCCGUCUAGCAAGCUUACUCUCGUAGAAAGAGAGAGAGAGACGAUCGUGUCGAGAGAAGGGUUAGUGGAAAAGAUGCCAUCCAUCCUGGUGGCCUCCAAGAUGAAAUCGGGUCUGCCCAAACCGGUCCACAGCGCCGCACCAAUCCUCCAUGUACCAGCAAGGACAAUCCCCCAGCCCUGUUACCUCAAAUUGGGAAAUAAGGUAGAUGUCGCGAAGCCCGCUUACCCCAGUCAGAUCUCGCUGAAGCCCCAGUAUGGCUACGAGUCCACCGGGGAGGCAUUGCCCAUCAAGAAGACGGAUUCUGAAGAAAAUGUCUUCGACACACAGAUUUACACAGACUGGGCCAACCACUACCUGGCCAAAUCCGGCCACAAGCGUCUGAUAAAAGACCUCCAGCAGGAUGUGACGGACGGGGUGCUGCUGGCCGACAUCAUUCAGGUCGUCGCGAAUGAGAAGGUUGAAGACAUCAAUGGCUGCCCCAAGACAAGAUCACAAAUGAUUGAGAAUAUUGAUUCGUGCCUGAGCUUCCUGGCAGCCAAAGGAAUUAACAUACAAGGCCUGUCAUCUGAGGAGAUCAGGAAUGGGAAUUUGAAGGCCAUUCUAGGCCUGUUUUUCAGCCUGUCGCGCUUUAAACAACAGCAACAACAGAAACCCCAAAGUUAUCACCACCAGCCCCCUCCGGCCACCCAGCAGCAUUCAGGAACGCCAAGCCAGUGCCAGCAGCCAUAUCACCCCUCCGGUACCCUCCAUGCCCAGAACUACUCAGCCGCUCCAGUCCAGUGCCAACAACCGCAGCAACCUCCCCAGUCGCAGAUUAAAGCACAGUCGGAAAUGCAUUCCAGUUCAUCCUCCAAAGACCCGAGAGAGGUCAAGUUCCUGCGCUUCUCCCUGGGACAGAGAAAAUGCUCGCGGCUCCCCGGCCCCAGUACCAGGACAUCUGCUGCAGGCAGCGAGGCCAAAACACGGGGCCCGGUCCCUGGGAACAGACGCAGUCACAGCUUUAACAACUACGACAAAGCCAAGCCAGUGAACCCCCCCGCGGCUGCGACUGAGAAAGAGCCGGCGGAGAGUUCUGUUUCGCAGCAGACAGGAAUGAAUGAAAAUGGAUUCUCAACGCUUUCCGCUAACAACUCAGCCAUACCCCAGCCUAACUCUGCAAAUAAACCUUGGAGGAGCAAAUCCCUCAGUGCAAAGCACACCAACACGUCUUCCAUUCUGUCCGUCAAGCAACCCACGCCGGACAGCAGCUCUAAACAACCUCAAGAACCCCCCAAACCCACGCCCAACAAUCAGAAAUCUAUGCUGGAGAAGUUAAAACUGUUCAAUAGCAAGGGGGGUUCUAAAAGCAGUCUAGAGGGCUCUCGGGAUACCAGCUGUGAAAGACUGGACACCCUCCCGAGCUUCGAGGAAGCCGACGAGAUGGAGAGCGCCGCGAGAAACACCAACAGCACAAGCCCAUCCGCGAACAGCCCCAAGAUAGCGCUCAAGGGCAUCGCUCAAAGGACACUUGGCCGGGCCCUGACCAACAAGAAAAGUUCUCCAAAAGGCAGCGAGAAAGAAAAGGACAAACAGAAAGAAAAGGAGAAGAACAAAGAGGUCGCCAAGAGGAUUUCCGUUACGGAAAAGACGGAGGUCAAAGAAGAAGCGAAAGAGGAACCUGCCCCCGCUUCCGCCGACAUGCCAAAAAAAUCCUCAAAGAUUGCCAGCUUCAUCCCCAAAGGGGGCAAGAAGGAGGGCUCUGCCGCCUCUCACAGUGGGAUACCAAAACCAGGGAUUAAAACUGCCGCCCAGGGGAAGUCCUCAAGCGCCCCAACCAAGGACGGGGAGAGGAGCCGGAGCGGGAAGAGCAGUUCUGGGCUGUCUCUUCAGAAGCUUGACAAUAGGAAUUCAAGCUCUACGUCAAGUUUGGCCUCCUCUGAGGGGAAAGGGGUGGCCAGCGCAGGAGGAGGAGCCCAGCCGGCUAAUGGGCCCAGCGGGAAUAUGCAGACCACAGGAAGUAACACAGUCAGUGUCCAGCUACCUCAACCUCAACAGCAGUACAAUCACCCCAACACGGCCACCGUCGCACCUUUCAUGUACAGGUCGCAGGCAGACAGUGAAGGGAAUGUUUCGGUGGAGAGCAGUGCGGGAGGGAUACACAUGGAACCAACGCUGUAUAAUAAACCCGGAACGGCCUGUCUGGAGGAUCUGUCUGGGGAAGAUCCUGAAACUCGGAGAUUAAGAACUGUGAAAAACAUUGCUGACCUUCGACAAAACUUGGAAGAGACCAUGUCCAGCCUCAGGGGAACCCAGAUCACGCACAGCACGUUGGAGACCACAUUUGACAGCAACGUGACUACUGAAGUCAGCGGCCGCAGCAUGCUCGGCCUUGCCUCCCGAUCGGCUCCCAUGACGUGGAGAUUGGGACAGUCCAGCCCUCGUCUGCAGGCAGGCGAUGCCCCCUCUAUGGGCAACGGGUACCCUCAACGAGCCAGCGCCAGCCGCUUUAUAAGCUGCGAGUCCGGGCGCUACAUUUACUCCGGGCCUCUCAGGAGGCAGCUGGCGGCCAGAGGGAACCUGGGCCACGGCGACCUUUCUGAUAAAUGUGACGACUUGGACAUGGAGAGCGUCAACGUCGAUGCCACGGGAUACAUGAGCGACGGCGAUGUCCUCAGCAAGAACAUCAGAAGCGAUGAGAUCACUAGCGGCUACCUGACCGAUGGCGGGCUGGGUCUGUACACCCGAAGACUGAACCGACUACCUGACGGAAUGGCGGCUGUGCGGGAAACUCUUCAGCGGAACGCGUCGCCGGGACAGGGGGAUGCCGACAGUUGGGACGACAGCAGCUCGGUGAGCAGCGGCAUCAGCGAUACCAUCGACAACCUCAGCACUGAUGACAUCAACACCAGCUCUUCCAUCAGCUCCUAUGCCAACACGCCGGCAUCGUCCAGGAAGAACCUGGACACGCAGACGGACGCAGAGAAGCAUCUACACAUUGACCGCAAUGCGCUGUGGCCUGGCGAUGAUCGGAAGAAGUCGGAUGGCGGUUCAGAUAGCGGAGUGAAGAUGGAGUCUGGUUGUAAAUGGAGGAAAACCCCCUCAGACAUUUCGGAUGAGUCUGACAAAAGCACAUCGGGGAGGAAGAACACGGUCAUCUCACAGACCGGGUCCUGGCGGAGGGGGAUGACAGCCCAGGUGGGGAUAACAACACCCCGCACCAAACCAUCAGGGACGCUAAAGACACCCGGGACAGGCACCGGGAAAACCGACGAUGCAAAGGUCUCUGAGAAAGGUCGGAUUUCUCCAAAGUCUGCGCAGGUAAAGCGCUCCCCAUCGGACGCCGGCCGCAGCAGCGGAGACGAGACCAAGAAACCUCCGAGCAAUACCUCAAGGUCUAUCACAAACACCAACACGUUUGGCUUUAAGAAACCAGGAAGCACGGUCAUUGGCAUGCCUAUCAUGACCGCCAGCGGCGUCACCAUUACCAGCGGCUCUGCUACUUUAGGAAAAAUGCCCAAAUCCGCCGGGCUCAUCGGCAGGUCGGCGAACCGCAAGGCCAGCGUAGACGGCUCGCAGAACCAAGACGACGGCUACUUACAGCUGAGUGCCAGGACCAACCUUCAAUAUCGCAGCUUACCCCGGCCCAGCAAAUCCCGCAGCGGCGCCGGCAACCGAUCGAGCACCAGCAGCAUCGACUCCAACAUCAGCAGCAAGUCCGCCGGGCUGCCCGUCCCCAAAAUGAGGGAGGCCGGAAAAGUGACCCUUGGAAACUCUGUGCCGGGAUUUAUAAACCAGACCGACCGCGAGAAGGGGAUCUCCUCGGACAAUGAGAGUGUAGCGUCCUGCAACUCUGUGAAAUUAAACCCGGCGUCACAAGGAGCGCCCGGUGGUACCCGCCAGACAGGAAAUAAAUACCCUGACGUAUCUUCACCCACCUUACGCAGGCUUUUUGGAGGGAAGCCCAAUAAACCAGGCCCGGUCACAACUUCGGAGAACAUGAAAAACUCGGUGAUCAUUUCCAACCCCCACGCCACCAUGAGCGUCUCCUCUCACCCAGACUCGCCGUCCGGCAGCGGCAUCCUGAGCAGCGGAGGCAGCAGCCCUCUGUACGGGAAAGGCAUGGAUCUAAACCCGUCUCCCCUCGCCUCCAGCCCCGGCUCUGCCUAUUCCGCACCCUCCAACAGCUUGACCUGGGGCACCAACGCCAGCAGCUCCUCCGCCGUCAGCAAGGACGGGAUGGGAUUCCAGUCCAUCAGCAGCCUUCACACCAGCUGCGAAUCCAUCGACAUCUCGCUCAGCAGCAACAAUUCUCCCGGCGCUCUGACCGCAUCUCCCCGGGACGACUCCAUGUCUGGAUUCGCCAGGACGAAUAGCGUGAAGACCGCAAUGUCAGAGAGCCCUCUGUCCUCCCCUGGCGCUAGUCCUAAGUUCAGCAGAAACACUCUUCCCCGGAAGCAGGACAGUGACCCCCAUCUCGAUAGAAACACAUUGCCUAAGAAGGGAUUCAGGUAUGCACCGUCCUCCCAGCUCCGAGGUCAGGAUGAAACCAAGGAAUGGCUGCGUUCUCAUUCGGCAGGAGGGCUACAAGACACGGCCAGUAGCUCUCCAUUUUCACCUUGCUCCAGCAUUACUUCUCCUUCCGGAACUCGAUUUAACUUCUCUCAGCUCGCAAGCCCAACGGCUUCGUCACAGAUGAGUUUGUCAAACGCGGCGAUGCUCCGAACUCACAGCCUGUCCAACGCCGACGGCUCGUGUGACCACUACGGCGAGCCCCGCUUCCGAAACAGCUCCAUGUCAUUGGAUGAAAAGACCCGAACCAUGAGCCGCUCGGGAUCUUUCCGAGAUGGGUUUGAAGAAGUUCACGGCUCUUCCCUCUCUCUGGUAUCCAGCACGUCGUCCGUCUACUCUACACCCGAGGAGAAGUGUCAGUCUGAGAUCCGCAAGCUAAGAAGAGAGCUCGAUGCCUCGCAAGAAAAGGUUUCCGCUCUGACAACCCAGCUUAGUGCCAAUGCUCACCUUGUGGCUGCCUUUGAACAGAGUUUAAGCAACAUGACAUUCCGGCUGCAGAGUCUCACCAUGUCAGCAGAGCAGAAAGAUUCGGAGCUGAACGAGUUAAAAAAAACAAUCGACCUCUUGAAGAAGCAGAACGCCGCAGCACAAGCUGCUAUUAACGGUGUCAUCAACACCCCGGAGCUCAGCUGCAAAGGUAACGGGUCGAUGCAGUCAGCUGACCUGCGCAUUAGACGGCAGCACUCAUCGGACAGCGUCUCCAGUGUGAACAGCGCCACAAGCCACUCCAGCGUGGGAAGCAACGUGGACAGCGAUUCCAAGAAGAAGAAGAAUCGCAAGAACUGGGUGAAUGAGCUGAGAAGCUCCUUCAAGCAAGCCUUUGGUAAAAAGAAGUCCCCCAAAUCGGCGUCCUCUCAUUCGGAUAUCGAGGAGAUGACGGACUCCUCCCUCCCUUCCUCGCCAAAGUUAUCUCACAAUGGCUCCGUGUUGUCCACCCCACUCAUGCGGACCUCCCACUCCAAUUCUAUCCUUUCUGAGUGCACAGAUAGCGAAGCAGACAGCGUCUUACAGCUGCGCAACGAGCUGCGUGACAAGGAGAUGAAACUGACCGACAUAAGACUGGAGGCUCUGAGCUCCGCACAUCAGCUGGAUAUACUGCGGGAGGCCAUGAACAGGAUGCAGACCGAGAUUGAGAAGCUGAAAGCUGAAAACGAUCAUCUGAAGGCAGAGAAUCACGGGAAGUGCAGCAGAACGCCAUCCCAGAUCUCCAUUUCUUCCUCCCCAAGACAAUCCAUGGGCUUCACACAGCCAGGGAUGACGAUGACUGAAUCCUCCAGCCUGGACAUGCUGCUGGAAGAUUCUGCCGAUGGCACCCUGCGCAAGGAGAGCCGCCACGUCAAGAUUGUGGUCAGCCUCUUGGAGGAGGUGAAAUGGAGAGAGGACUGCCGGCCUCGCAUAUUUCUUAUUGGCUGUAUUGGUGUCGGUGGCAAAACCAAAUGGGAUGUCCUGGAUGGGGUUGUACGGCGGUUAUUUAAGGAGUACAUUGUUCACGUGGAUCCAAUCGGACAGCUAGGACUCAAUUCUGAGAGUGUAACCGGUUACAGCAUCGGAGAGAUCAAACGGACAAACACUGUGGCAACCCCGGAACUCCUUCCCUGCGGGUAUCUGGUGGGUGAAAAUGACACCAUCGCCCUCACAUUAAAAGGUCUCUCUGAGAACAGUUUGGACGCUCUGGUGUUUGAAACGCUGAUUCCUCGCCCGAUAUUACAGCGAUACGUCUCACUGCUAACAGAACAUCGGAGGAUUAUCCUGUCUGGUCCUAGCGGGACUGGUAAAACCUACCUCGCUAACCGGCUGUCUGAGCACAUGGUGCUGCGCGAGGGGCGAGAAAUUAGCGAUGGCGUCAUUGCUACUUUUAAUGUGGAUCAUAAGUCCAGCAAGGAACUGCGUCAGUAUCUCUCCAAUCUGGCCGACCAAUGUAACAGUGCGAAAAGUUCGGUGGACAUGCCUCUGGUCAUCAUCCUGGAUAAUCUGCACCAUGUCAGCUCCCUGGGGGAUAUCUUCAAUGGCCUUCUAAGCUGCAAAUACCACAAAUGCCCAUACAUCAUCGGCACUAUGAACCAGGCAACAUCCUCCACGCCCAACCUGCAACUCCACCACAACUUCAGGUGGGUGCUCUGCGCCAACCACACAGAGCCGGUAAAGGGUUUCCUGGGGCGCUACCUCCGGCGGAAGCUGAUCGAAACAGAAAUGACCAACCGAGUACGAAACGUGGAGCUGGUGAAGAUCAUUGAUUGGAUCCCUAAGGUGUGGCAACAUCUCAACCGCUUCCUGGAGGCUCAUAGCUCCUCUGAUGUCACCAUCGGUCCUCGCUUGUUCCUCUCCUGUCCCAUGGAUGUGGAUGGCUCUAGGGUCUGGUUUACAGAUCUCUGGAACUACUCAAUCAUUCCAUAUCUGCUGGAGGCCGUCAGGGAGGGGCUUCAGUUGUACGGCAGGAGGGCACCAUGGGAAGAUCCUGCUAAGUGGGUGAUGGACACGUACCCGUGGAGCGUUGUUCCCCAACAACAUGAGUGGCCAUCACUGCUGCAGCUGCGACCGGAAGAUGUUGGAUUUGACGGUUACUCUGUGCCAAGGGAGGGGGCCUCCAGCAAGCAAGCUCCAUCUGGAGACGGUGAAGGAGAUCCACUGAUGAACAUGUUAAUGAGGCUUCAGGAAGCCGCCAACUACUCCAGCCCGCAGAGCUACGACAGCGACUCCAACAGCAACAGUCACCAAGACGACGUCCUGGACUCGUCGCUGGAGUCCGCGCUCUGACGCCACUCCGCUGCCUCGACAGACAGCGGAACAAAAGACACUUUAUAGACUUUUUUUUGGGGGGUGCAGGUCACCCUUCCCGAAUACCGUUUUUAUUUGACAACGUGUAAGAAAUAUGGCUGCACUACUUGUAAGCGGCGGUAACGCCAAAACACUGAAAACAUUUUUUAAGUUGUAGACAGAACGGGCCUCGUGGUGCCGGGCUGGAGGGGAAGAGAGUUCACUGCCUAUGCUGCUGUAACCAAACACGAAAAAAAAAAAAAAGGCGUGCUGGACACUCCGCCUUCACAUAAUAACCUCACUGCAGAUAGUUGCCGACUAUGCUGCUUGCCUUGCUUUUGGCGUUAACCGGUGCUGGUUGGGGGGGGAUUGGUGUCGGCUGCAGAACAUUGUACAGCUAUGCAGGACAUAAUCAGUCCCUCUCCUGAACCCCGGGAGUGUAAGGGCUCGCACCUGUGUUGCUUGAGAAACUUAAAUGAUAAUUUGGUGAGCGUCAGUGGUCAAUUCUGGGAGACUUUCAGACUUGCGAUGAGACUUUAGAAGCCAAAAAAAAAAGACUAAGCCCCCUUACUGUUGUGAUGGUCAUUGAGUACAUAUAAACAAAGCUAUGCCAUGGGUUGGUCCGUUAGGUAGUUUUUUAAAUAAUUUAUCCAUGAACACACACAGGAGACAGAUAGAAUUCUGCAUAUUGCUGCCGAGGUCUUUGUACCUCUUUAAAGAGGACCUGUCAUGUCUUUAAAUGAGGUGCUACACAGUUCCCAAGAGCAUCAGAUAAGGUUUAACCUUCAGUCCCUGUACAGUCCUAUUACUGAGAAUGAUGGCAGAUGGGAGACCUAACCAAUAUAGCUUAAUGGUUGACUUCUGCUCUUCCUGGGGAAAAUGCUAUCCCCACCCCAUGUGACAGCAGUGGGUGUCUGGGGGGGUCACUCACAAGGGAGGUGGUCACCUGCUUAUCCUCAACCUCUACCCAUUAUUUCUUUUCAGUCUGGAGGGUACUCCUCUUCAGGGAAUGGAG